AUUUUCUUUCUAUAAAUUACCUUUUUCAUUUUCCAACCCUCAUUUGCUAGAGUCACAAUCCAACGCAAUCAGCGAAUCAGAUUCAAUUACCGUGUUUUCAAUUUCAACUACAAAACCCUUCUCUCUCUUUCUGAGCAAACAAUUUCAAGUUACAAGGUGUAGCUAUGGAGAAAACACUGCUCUUGAAACUCCUCACAUUUUCAGCACUUUUAUUAUGUUCAAUUACCUCAUCAUCGUCAUCACCAUCAUCAUCAUCAAUAGAUACGCUCAAACUGGUAAAUGCGUCGAAGCUUGAAAUAUUUGUUGAUGAGCUUCCGGAUAUGCCAAAAAUCUAUGGCUACGACGUUGUAGAUGGCGUCCCCAAAUCAAAGUCUCUCAAGAUUGGCAUGUUCAAGAAAAAAUGGAAAUUCCACAGAGAUCUUCCUCCAACAACCGUUUACGCUUACGGAUUAAGCAAACGCAAAGCAACCGUACCUGGUCCAACUAUCGAAGCUCUCCACAGAAUCGACACCCAUGUGACGUGGCAAAAUCAACUCCCUCCGAAUCACAUACUUCCCUGGGACCCAACGAUCCCCACCGCAUUGACCAAAACUACACACGGAAUCCCCACCGUGGUCCAUCUCCACGGCGGAAUCCACCAUUCAGAAAGCGACGGAAACGCCAACUCAUGGUUCACCUCUAGAUACAAAAUCAAGGGACCCACUUGGACAAAUAAAACCUAUCUCUAUUCAAAUAAUCAACACCCUGGAAAUUUAUGGUAUCAUGAUCACGCUAUGGGUUUGACUAGAGUCAACCUUCUCGCUGGCUUAAUCGGGUCCUACAUCAUACGCCACCCGAAGAUCGAAUCUCCAUUAGGAUUACCUCACGGUGACGAAUACGAUCGACCGUUGGUUUUAUUCGAUCGCAGCUUCAAAACCGACGGUUCGAUUUACAUGAACUCUACCGGAAACAACCCUUCGAUUCAUCCACAGUGGCAACCGGAGUAUUUCGGCGACGCCAUUAUCGUUAACGGAAAAGCUUGGCCGAGUUUAACUGUACGACGUCGUAAGUAUAGAUUUCGUAUAAUCAACGCAAGUAACGCUAGAUUUUUUAGAUUGUUCUUCACCAACGGUUUAAGAUUGGUACACGUGGGAUCUGAUUCUGCUUAUAUUAGAAAACCAGCUGCAAGUAAUAAAACUCUUGUGGGGCCAUCUGAGAUCACAGAUUUUAUCGUUGAUUUUUCUAAAUCAGAGAGUAAUGUAGCUAUUCUAGCUAAUGAUGCACCUUAUCCUUACCCAUCCGGUGAUCCGGUUGAUGAAUUAACCGGUAAGGUUAUGAAAUUUACGAUAUUACCGGAUAAAGAACUUGACACGUCACGGAUACCGAAAAAGCUUGUGGAGUAUCCGGUUGCUGAUUUAUCCAGUGUGUCGCAGACACGGUACAUUGCUAUGUACGAGUACACGAGUAAUAUCGAUGAACCCACUCAUUUGUAUCUGAAUGGUAAACCUUAUGAUGCGCCGGUUACGGAAACUCCGAAGGCGGGGUCCACUGAAGUGUGGUAUGUGAUUAACUUGACGGAUGAUAAUCAUCCACUUCAUAUUCAUUUGGGUUUGUUUAAGGUGUUGGAUCAGACGGAGCUCGUGAAAUCUGAUGAAUUCAAGGAUUGUAUGACGAAAAUCAACGAUGCUGUUAAGUGCCACGUGGAUGAGCAUGCACGUGGGAAGAAAGUAGCGGUGCCUAACUAUGAGAAAGGGUGGAAGAACGUGUUUAAGAUGAGACCUGGGUUUGUUACUAAGAUUGUUGUGAGGUUUGGUUACAUACACACCAAUACAUCGUAUGAGUUUGAUGCAACCGCAGGACCUGGCUACGCGUAUCAUUGUCAUAUAUUGGACCAUGAAGACAAUGCUAUGAUGAGACCGUUGAAGAUCGUUAAGUGAAGCUUCUCUCCAAGGAGAGCCAACAAUGGUAACAUGAAAAUGACAUGCAUGUAACAUGAUGCGUUAAUCAUGCAGUUGAUUUCUUGUGACCACUCAGAAGCAUAGGUGAUUCACAUCAAAAUAAUACAUAUACAGGAAAUUGUAUAAUAGUUGUCCAAAAUUGUGCACUUUGUUGAUUCAUGAACAUUAGUAAGGAAGUUUUCACUAUAUAGUUGAAUAAAAUAAUAAAAUGUAGUGAGAUUAAAUGUAUUGGCUUUUGUGAUGAAUUUGGGACAUAGCAUAAGCAAAAUUAUGUACGGUCCUUAUGGGAACUAAUAUUCCUUAAUUAGAAUAGAGUGAUUCAUAAGUUCCACGUGGAUUCGGAUUUUAUGAUGGUGAUCAAAUAAUUUUAGGAGGGUUGUCAAUCCAUAAACUGUUGUAUUUUUUAGAUGUAAGUGUUGAAGAAGUAGAUAUAACUUUAAUAAUAUUAAUCGAGUGAGAUUACUUUCUGUCA